AUGGCAAUCAGUGUCUAUCAUGGCGAGAUGCGACGAAGACUUUGGGCGACUGUUCUGGAAAUCACUGCGCAAAGCAGCUUAGAUAUGGGCAUGCCGCCUAUGAUCUCGGUGAACGACUACGAUACGAAGCCACCCUCUAACAUCAACGACGAAGAUAUGGGAAACGGCAUAGACACACCACUCGAUGUGAAGCCAGCAACCGUAUUCACGGACAGCAGCAUACAGAUUGCUUUUACACAGACGCUUCCCACACGCCUUGAGAUCAUUAGGGUAAUAAACAACCUGCGCUUCGACCUAUCAUAUGACGACGUACUGCGUAUCGGCACCAAGCUCAUCAGCGUCUGUCGCGAGAAAACGAUCUUCUUCAAAUCAGCAUUAGCAGCAGGACAAAACAUCACGCCAUUCCAGAUCAAGAUGUCUGAUACCCUAGUCCGACGCUUCGUCCUCUGCCUCCACCGCCCCUACUUUUCCAAAGCAAGCGAGAACCCACGCUAUCAUUACUCCCGGAAGAUAUGCCUAGAUACUUCACUAGCGAUCUACGCACCAGCAACCGAGUUGUCACCGGGAGAAGAAGACGACUGGACGCGCAUGACGCACCGAUGCGUGGGGUUCUUCAAAUCGUUCUUUCUCUACGCCAUGUCGACCGUAUACUACGAACUCAACUCUCAGAUCAACGAAAGAAAAGAAGAAUUGGCGCUGUUCGCUCCUCUUCUAUCUACACGCCCAACCACAGCAUCCUCAUCUACAGGGUUGACAUCUUUACCACCACAGUACCACGCCCUACGUCAAGUCCUAGAAUCAUCCCAACACACAGCAGUCGCCCGCAUCCAAAAUGGCGAAACAAAUGCAAAGGGUGUCGUCUUCAUUAACUGCGCACUAGCACGCAUCGACGCUUUGAUAGCUGGCACCGACCCUGAAGCAGCUGUGCUCGAAGCAGCAAAGUCAUCCACCAAAGAAAUGAGUCAGAUACUGGCAGCAGUAUACCGUGAAGAGCACGGCGAAGACAUCGACCUCAGUCCCUCCACCAGCAGCUUCGCAGGGAAAGAGCAUGGUCGAGGCGAGGGCGCUGAUGAUAUUACCGGGAAGCAUCUACCUACUGGUACCGGCGCCCAAACCGGCAGCAGCAACAGUACAGACUUUUCUUGUUUCGACGGCACGAUGGACGGACUGAAUAUGCUGGAUAGCGAUCUGGGAGAUGUGAACACGGGGUUUGAUAUCGAUAUCAAUGCAUACAUGCAGGGGUUACCCAUGGAUUCAGUGGAUGGUUUUCACUUUGGAAGGAGUCCGGAGUGGUUCUAUGAUCUUGAUGGGUGGGCUGCUGGUAGUAGUUUCGGCAACCCUGGAUAUGGUGUUUGA